AUGAAUGAGCACACCAUUAGAUUUUAUGACAUAGAAAAAAUUAUUUAGAUACCUCCAAGUGAAAGAAAUGUUGAAGAAAUAUAAUAAUUGGGUUAAUAUAUGAGAAAUAAUUUUUAGAUUUUUGAAUGUAGCAGCGAUGAAAUUAUAUCAAGCUACUUAGAGAAAGAAAGCAUAAAGUAAUUUAAUCUGAGGGAUAUCAUUCAAAAAAUAUAUACCAUGUGCUAUUCAUUUUAUUGUAUAGCAGAAGGCUAAGUAGGAUUAUAUAUUAAAACAAUAGGAGAAAAGUCUCAAAUGAAUUUAGUUAAAGUUAUUGAAUAAGGAGAAUAUUUUGGAACUUAUAACUUAAUUCAGAAUAGUCCAUAGACAAUGCAAUCUAUUUGUGAGUCAUCAUAAGCUACUUUGAUUGAAAUAUCUAAAGAUUUUUUUGACAAAUAUCUAAAAGAAAAUGAAGAAAAAAUUAUUGCACAAGGCAUAAAUUAAUUUAAGAAGAUGCCUCUUUUUAAAAAUCAUCCUUAUUACAUAUUAAAAAACAUAUAUCUAAGUUCAUUUGAAGUUAAAUUAGUUAAAAAUAAUUAUGUAUUCAAAGAAAAUGAUGAUAUUCAUGCUAUUUAUGUUAUUAAAAAGGGAGAUUUUUCUAUUUAUAAAAGCUUUGAUUGGGACUAAAAGUAAAGUAAUCAGAUUUAUCUUAAAAAAGCAUCAUUCUGCAAAUAAGUUAAGCUUUCUGUAAUGGUAGAAGGGCAAAUUUUUGGUGAAGAGGAUUUAGUUUAAGGAAAAUAAAAUAGGUCUUAUACUGCAAUAUGCGAUAGCAGUGAUGGAGAAUUAUAUGUCAUAAGAAGCUAAGUUUUUUUAUAAAAAAUAUACAAUAAUAACUUUUCUAAAAGAACUAUCUAAGAGUUAUUGAAGUAAAAAAAUGCUCUCUUUAGCGAAAGAAUGGAAACAAUUUAAAAAUAAUAUAUUGAAAAAUAAAGUCCUUAAUAUUGUAAAACUUAACCUGAUAAAGAAGAUGGAGAAAAAACUGUUCAAGUUGUGAAUCCUGCUUUGGCUACUAAAGAAUCUAGUGAAAAAAAUAUUGUUUAAUAAUAGUAAAGAGUAUAAACUGCCUCAUCUAAUAUGAGUAGAACUUCGAGAGGAUAGUUUUAUUCUCCCAUAAAAGUGGCUGGUGAGUAUGAAAAAAUAAUGGAAAGAAGAAUGUCUCCUUUCAAAUAGCUAGAAAAUAGCCUAUUUGGAAACAAAGAAGACUUAAUUUAUGAAAGCAGAAAUAUAGAUAAUAAAAUUUUUAAAAUCAUAGGCAAUUCACCCUCUCCUAAACAACAAUCACCUCCAAAACCUCAGACUGAUAUGUUUUCUAUUGAGAUAGAUGAAAAAUAAAAAAUUUUGCUUAAGCAAAAGCAAUAGCAAUAUUACCAAUAUAAAAAUUAUUUGAAGAAUUUCGAAAGUGAUAAAUUUAAUGAGCUUCUAAAGAAGAGUGGUUAUAAAAUGAUCGAUAAGAAUACAGUAGAAAAAAAGUAAGGAAUUGAGUAUGAUUUUAUCAAAAUAAGACCUUCGAUGAGAUUAAAAAGCUUGGAUAAUAAUUUUUAAUAUUUUUAUGGUCCAGAUUAGUAACCAAGCUUUAAUAAUUUUUCAAACAGUGCUAUAAGUAAUGCAAGUAGUAAAUAAAGAGUAUCUAACUUAAAUGAUUAAUUUUAGAUUAAGCUACAACAAAAUGGCAGCAAUGAAUAGUUUACAAAUGAUUACAUUCAAUAUUAAAGUUAAUUAAAGGACUAUUAAGAAGAUGGAUAAACUCCUUUUCUUGAAGAAUAGCUACCUAAUGAUUACUAAUUGACAUAAAUGUAUGCAAACUAUCAAGCAAAAAACUAAGAUGCUGUAAAUAUUGAAUAAUAACCUAAAUAAUCUAAUAUCUAUAAUCGAUUCUAAGCUCAAAGAGGUUAACUUGUAAAGCAAGAUAAUAAUGACUUAGAUAAUAAUAACAUGAUUUUAGAAAUAGAUCCAAAUUAUGACGGAGAAAUACAAAUUAACACUCUUUUUUAAAAUGAUGCACUGAAAAAUAAAAAUAUAGCUCCUGACCCUAACUUAAAUUAUGUAAUUACAGAAAUUGAAGAAGAGGAUAGGGUAAGCACUCAGUAAUCAAAUUAAAGAAAACUAAAAACUGAAUCUUACUCUAGCAAUUAUUAAUAAGAUUAUUUGUUUUAACAAUCAACAAGGUAAAAUACUCUUUCUCCAGCAAGAGGAGAAAAAUCGUUAUUAAUUGAUAGCUUUGAAAAUAGUUUAAUUAAUAAAGAUGAGUUGUAUUUAUUUAAUUAAAGAAAUCAAUAUACAAAUAAAAGUGAAACUCAUUAAUACAUAAAUGAUAAUAUUAAUUAAGGAAUAAAUCUCAAUAGAUCUUUCAACACAGUCGAUAAUAACUAAAUUUUAAUGUAAAAGCAAAAUAAUUAUAAUUUUAGAAGUCAAUCUACAAGAAAGCAAAGAAUACCACUUAAAAAGAGCUAAUAAAAGUAAAUAGAACCUAUUUAUAAUAAAGAAUAUAUAAAUCAGUAAUUAAAAAAAUUCACUCUCUCAAAUAAUAAUCAAAAAAAUGAAGAUUACCUAGUACCUAACUUAACAGAUUCUUAUAGAAAGUAUAAUGGAUAUAAAUUGCCAUCCGUAAGCUAAGGAUAAUCAAGAAAAAACUCUCCACCACUUUCUCCAUCAGUAAAAUCUAGAGUUGAAUAAAGACUAUCUUCAUUUAAAUAAGACCUAAAAAAAAAUAUUUUUUUAUAACUUCAUUUAAAUAGCUAUGAACAAAAUUUAAACACAGACAUUAAUUAAUCUAUGACUGUAAAAAGAAUUCAAAAGUUAAAAAAUAAUCUUUUUUGA